AUGUCCCUCGAGAUCCCCCGCACCAUCACUAUCACGGUCGACGACACCUCGUCCGACUCGUUCCCCCACACCCGCACCGUCUCGUCGACCGACAUGGCGACCGUCGUCCCCACCCCCGUGCUCAAGGGCAAGGAGGAGGCUGUCGACAUUGACGGCGUGUGCAUGAAGCUCGAGAAGGCCGCCGACGAGGAGGCAGCAGCACCCUCCGACUCUGCCACACUCGACAACGACCACCACGCGCCACGGGAAAAGCUCUCCCAGUCGCGCAAGUGGACGCUCCUCGGCGUCUUCGCGCUCGCAAUGUUCAUCGACAUCUGGUUCUACUCGGCCUUCUUCAUCUUCACCGAUGUCAUCGCCGUCGACCUCAACGUCAACUUUGCGCAGCAGUCGUGGGUCAUCACGUCGUACAGCGUGACCUUUGCCGCGUUCCUCCUGUUCUGGGGCCGCGUGUCCGACCUCUACUCGCCGUCCAAGGUCUUCUCGUGGGGCUUCGUGACGCUCGGCGUGCUCUCGCUCGUCAUCUCGUUCCUCCCCGACAAGUACAGCUUCUUCAUCAUCCGCGCGCUCGCCGGCAUCGCCGGCGCGUGUCUCAUCCCCGCUAGCUACCGCCUCAUCGUGUUCGUCUUCGAGCCGCAUGAGCACGGCCGCGCCUUCACCCUCUACGGUAUCUCGGGUGCCAUCGCCAAUGUCACCGGCAUCCUCAUCGCCGGUGUCAUCGACCUCAUCCCCGGCGGCGGCCAGAUGACCAACUGGCGCUGGUUCUUCCGCGUUAUCAGCAUCAUCAUCCUCCCCGUUGCCGCCUCGACCUUCUACCUCAUCCCUGCAAGCACUGGCAAGGACGCUGAGAACACGGACGGCAAGGCAAAGUGGCGCCGCCUCGACCUCGUCGGCGUCUUCCUCAUGCUCAGCGCCAUUGUCCUGCUCAUCCUCGGCCUCACCCUCGGCGCCUCGUACGGCUGGAAGAAGGCCGGCUUCCUCGUCCCCUUCCUCCUGUCCUGGGUCCUCUUCCCCGCCUUCUUCAUCUGGGAGGCUCGCCUCCCUGAGGACAUGGCACUCAUCCCGACCAAGACCUGGAAGAUCCCCAACAUGAUCGUCCUCACCGUCUUCGCCCUCCAGAUCUACGCCUGGUGGGGUGUCAACUUCCUCGCGCUCGUCGAGGUCUUUACCACCGUUUACCACGAGAGCGCCAUCCUGGCCGCCGUUCGCAUGCUUCCCCAGGGCAUCAUCGCGUUCGCCGUCACCCUCCUUCUCACCUUUGUCCCUCGCCUGGUCGCUCGCCCACGCUACACCAUCCUCAUCGGCAUGACCCUCGGCCUCAUCAGCUACAUCCUCAUGACUCGCCCCGGCGACUGGAAGCACGACUACUGGCGCCUCCUCUUCCCCGCCUUCCUCCUCGGCUCGGGCGGCAUGAUGGCAGUCUUCACCGGUACCAACGUCGGCAUCAUGACUGCCGUGCCCGAGGAGAUGGCCGGCGUCGCCGGUGCCAUCUUCCAGGUCGCGCUCCAGAUGGGCUCGGCCAUCGGUUUCUCGGUCCAGGCCGGCCUCUUCACCAUCAAGGAGGGUGGCCUCACCAACCCCACCAACAUCCACGCCAGCUUCUACUUCCAGCUCGGCUGGGUCGCCCUCUGGCUCAUCGGCUUUGCCGUCCUUUACCGCCCCUCCAAGAACGACUCGGGCGACGAGGAGACGGGCAAGAAGGUCAUCAUGGCCCACUAA